AUGGCAAUUUCCCUGGCACGUGCCGACGUGGACUGCAUGUUCGGUGUCAUUGAAAUACCGGAGCAAUCCAUCAGUUACGUCGCCUUAGCUUACGGAUAUCUCACCGGCUGGUCGGGAAUCCUCCUCGCCGUCUACGACCUCGGCUACGUCCAUGGCCUCGCAGUUCUCUCCAAUGCUAGCAUUAAUGCUUGGCCCUUGGUCAUGACUCAUGAUCUCCAGAGCGGAAAAUUGGGCCGACCUAAUGGGUUUUAUUUGGACUUGCCCUCCGAUGUGCUUCACCCAACUGUUAUUGAAUUGGUGGCCGAGAAAUUGAUAACUGAUGCUCCAAAUUGUAGAAAUGAAGAGGAAGAAGUGAUGGGAAGUGUCGAACAUUCGGAGAUUGAAAAGGCAUUUUCGAUGUUGAGAAAGGCAGAGGGGCUGUUGAUUGUGUUUGGAAAGGCGUUGCCAUUGCUGGGCGUUGCCAUUAAGCCAAAAAAAGUCGUUGAUGUUUGUAAGGAAGAGAUUGUCUUGAGGAAACCAAGUCCGGGAUUGGUUGAGGAUGUGAAAAGGGUUGUGGAGAUGAUUAAUAAGGAGAUUAAUGUCAAUUUUAUGACACCAAUGAGGAUAAUUAGUGAUGCAAUUUUGGGAUUUGGUAGUCCUGCUCCCAUAUUGGUGUCUGAGGGGUUGAACACAAUGGAUGUUUGUCGGGGCUGUGUUACGGAGCCGAGGAGCAGGUUGGAUGAUGGAACUUGGGGGACUGGUCUGGGAUAUUGCAUUGCUGCGGCAGUGGCUUCUCCUCGGCUUCUGGUUGCUGUUGAAGGUGAUUCUGGAUUUGGGUUCACUGCCAUGGAACUCGAGGUUUAUUCCCUUACCAAAUAUUUAUCGUUCACUUAG